AUGCUGCAUCUCAAGGCCCUGCUGCUGAUCGGCCUCCUGUCAUCUUUGUGGAGAUUUCUGUGCUUCGCAGGCUCACCGUUCUCCUUGCAUCGCAUCCAUACCUCUGCAACCAGUACUGGCAGGAACGGCGCUGGAAAAGACUCGGCACGGAGCUUUUUUACGGGCAUCUUGCCAGAGUCUGAUACCCUGGUGAAGACGCCAGAAGAUCUCGACAUUGGCAAUGCCCUGCCCGACGAUGAGGUCUUCGAGGCGCAAGUCACCGAUGCGGAGCUCGAGCGGAGGUAUGCUGAGGGCAUGCGCCAGUCAUCCUUAAGCCCAGAAUUUCAAGAAGCUCUUGGCUGGGCCGGAACAGCACAGGAAGUCUUCGACUUGCUGGAUCGGAGAAGGGAGUACUUGCUUCUAGCGGAUGCUCUUGCCGCGCUGAAGAAGCUGAUCAAGAAGCUCUGCACUCAGAGCUGCCCUGUAGCAACUGGUAUGGUCGAGGGGAAGUCUAGGCUGAAAGACGGUGGCGGCCUUAUAUGGUUGCGACUGGAGGCCGAGCAAGAAGUCAAGGCCUUCCGCUUGACACAUGACACUGUCAUGGCACUCCUGAACCAGGGGCUGCAUCUAAAGCACUGUGUCUUCCAGUCAUGUACUGACUGGAAGUUGGGCAUGGGAUCGGGGGAUCCGCCGCGGCACGAUGACGCAGAAACUGAGUCUGAGCUGGGACAGUCUCCCUGGCAAGUGGACCGGGUCGCUGUGGCAGUAGGUUCAGGUUCCAAGCCCGUUGGCUGCGAAAGGUGUGGCACGGGGUGA